AUGUCGUCGUCGUCGUUUGAGAGCUGGCAGUCGCCCCUCUCGGCUCGCUACGCCAGCAAGGAAAUGUCCAACCUCUUUUCCAACGCCACCCGCUUCGGCACCUGGCGCCAGCUCUGGCUCAACCUCGCCAUUGCCGAAAAGGAGCUCGGCCUCGACAUCCCCGACGAGGCCAUCGAGCAGAUGCGCAACAAUCUCACCCUCGACGACGCCCAGAUGAAGCUCGCCGCAGAGGAGGAGAAGAAGCGCCGCCACGACGUCAUGGCCCACGUCCACACCUUUGGCGUCGUCGCCCCCGCCGCCGCCGGCUUCAUCCACCUCGGCGCCACGUCGUGCUACGUCACCGACAACGCCGACCUCAUCUUCCUCCGCCGCGGCCUCGACCUCCUCCUCCCCAAGCUCGCCCUCGUCAUCCACCGCCUCGCCGCCUUUGCCCGCCGCUACCGCGACCUCCCCACCCUCGGCUUCACCCACAUGCAGCCCGCCCAGCUCACCACGGUCGGCAAGCGCGCCACCCUCUGGAUCCAGGAGCUCCUCUGGGACCUCCGCAACCUCAAGCGCGCCCGCGACGACCUCGGAUUCCGCGGCGUAAAGGGAACCACGGGCACCCAGGCCUCGUUCCUCCAGCUCUUUGACGGCGACCACGACAAGGUCGAGGCCCUCGACGAGCGCGUCACGGCCCUCUUUGGCUUCCCCUACGCCAUGCCCGUCACGGGCCAGACCUACUCGCGCAAGGUCGACAUCGACGUCCUCAACCCGCUCGCCUCGUUUUCGGCCUCGGCGCUCAAGAUGGCCACCGACAUCCGCCUCCUCUGCCACCUAAAGGAGAUCGAGGAGCCCUUUGAAAAGGACCAGAUCGGAUCCAGCGCCAUGGCCUACAAGCGCAACCCGAUGCGCUCCGAGCGCGUCUGCGGCCUCGCCCGCUGGCUCGGCAACUGCGUCUCGUCGGCCCGCGAGACGGCCGGCGCGCAGUGGAUGGAGCGCACCCUCGACGACUCGGCCAACCGCCGCCUGUCGAUCCCCGAGGCCUUCCUCACCACCGACGUCAUCCUCACCAUCCUCCAGAACAUCUCCGAGGGCCUCGUCGUCUACCCGGCCAUCAUCUCGCGCCGCAUCGCCGGCGAGCUGCCCUUCAUGGCCACCGAAAACGUCAUCAUGGCCAUGGUGCGCGCCGGCGGCGACCGGCAGGAGUGCCACGAGCGCAUCCGCGUCCUCUCGCACCAGGCCGCCCGCGUCGUCAAGGAAGAGGGCGGCGAAAACGACCUCAUCGAGCGCAUCCGCGGCGACAACUACUUCAACCCCAUCGCCGACCGCCUCGACGAGCUCCUCGACCCAAAGAGCUUCAUCGGAAGGGCGCCUCAGCAGGUCGACAGCUUCCUCGAAAAGUGGGUCAAGCCCGCCCUCGAGCCCUACCAGGCCACCAUCAACUCGGCCCAGAAGGCCGAGCUGUCCGUCUAG